UAAACGUCAACCAUGAAAGAAGACAAAAUGAGAAAGAAGAGAAAGGAGGACAUGGUGCAAAAUGUAAUGUAGACGACGAUUGUGCUUGUCCUUUUGAUUGUCGUUUUCGUGGUGAAGAUACAUUUAAAUGCCAAACAACUGAUACACGAGGAUUUGAGGAGGCUUGUCCUGCUUGUUCUGAUGGUCUUGUGUGCAAGGCAUGUUUAAGGUGUGGUAUUGAUAAUGAUUUGAAAUCAAUUUGUGUCGAUUCACGAGAUAACGGAAUGGAAUGUGAUGAUAAUAAUAAUAGGUGCCUUUCCGGAAUUGGUCGUAAGUACGGUGAAAAUGCAAAUACAUGUCAGUCAAGUGAUACACAAAAAACCGGAGAGACUUGUCAUAAUCGUUUUGCGCGUGCUAGUGGAAAUUGUGAAUUUAAUAAAAAUGGAAAGAGAGUUUGUUGUGACAUUACAAAUGGAAAGAAACUUUGUUGUGACAUUACAAAUGGAAUCAACGAUU